UCUCUCUAUAUAAUUCAACUCUUCCACUCUCUUCUUGGUUACAGACACACACUUUCCACUUUGACUGUACUCAAAUCACGCUUGCUCCCUCAAACUCAACUACUCUUUCACUUUCUCUCUCUUCAAACGCUUACCUUGAUUUUUAAAGGGUUUUCAUCUGAAAGGAGUAGUGGUUGUGGCUUAAUCUUUGAGGAUAAGGAAAAAACAGCAUGCGGUGGUUGUUUAGUUUAUCUAUUGAUGUAUACAGAAAAGUUAUUUCUUUGAAUCUCUAUUGCAAAGUGAUUCUGUAGCUUACACAAUUUUCAACCCUUUCAAUUUUCUAACACUUUUCAUAUUUAUAACUUACCUCAAUGGGAUCCAAUUUUUUUGUUGUUGUUCCUUGUUAUGUUCGCCAGAUCAGCUGAAAAUUUAGCUACACCACUUUGUUUGAACCUUUUCUGUUCAUUUUCAUAGCAUUUUUAGUCACCCUUUGCACAUCGGUUUUUGUGUUUUGUUGAAUUCAUUUCAAGAUCUGUUUCAACUGGUUUGGGGGUGUUGAGAUUUCUGCGAAUCUAUUUGUUGUGUUUGGAACAUUUGGGCUGUUCUAUAUUUGAAGGGUUGGAAAGUAGUUAUGGUGUGCCAAGCAGCUAGUCAAACCAAAUUUCGGGCUUUGAAACACGAAAAUGGAACGGCAGGGUGCGCAACCAUUAUAGUUAGAGUUAUAGCAUGCUUUCAAACUCUCAGAGAAUGCCAGGCUGAAUAUUUCCGUCAGUUACUUAAACCUGUAACGUAAUUGUUUAGUUUUCCUUUGCUCUUUUUGGGUUAAUCCGGUGGUUUUAGUUUUGUUUUAAUCAUUGUUGGCGUAAGAGAAACCAAUAGUAAGAGAUAGCUCUUGGUGUUUGAAUCAAGUUUUUCGUAAGGUGAUUGUUUUGGUUGAAUGGGAGAAAAUUGUGGAACCUGGACGCCUCAGGUGCAAUUUAAUUUGCAAUCACCCAAUUUAAGUUCCUAUUGUGCUCCCUCUGAGACAAGGAAGCCUGCUUUUGCAGCUAUGAACCCGGGUAUCAAUAUGAAUAUGAUACCGAGGAAUGAGGCAGCACCAGCUUAUGGAUCCUCUGCAUCACCUCAUGUGCAGUUAGGAAAUUCUAAUGAACCUCACGGUUGGUUUUAUUGUUUGCCUCGAUUUCGACAGGGUUUUACGAGUCCUCCAAACUUCACUUCGGAGGAGAAACUCCCUCCCGCUAGUCAUUUGAAGGGUUUUAAGGAGGACAUUGCACCCAAUGGGGAAUCGGGGUUCCCUCAGAAACAGUUUUUGGUCGUUGAUCAAACGGGUGAUCAAACAACUGUUAUUUAUAGUUCAAGAUUUGGGAGCCCUGUUGAGUGUCUUGGUUCCUGGGAUUCGAAAUUGAAUGGUUGUAGCAAUUUAAAUGGGAAUGAUGAACCCUCCUUAAGGAGAGAUGUGAAUCAUGUGAUUGAAGUUGGACCAACUUUUGAUUAUAAAGUUGAUGAAAAUGAUAAUCAAGGAACUGAGAUUGAAAGUGAGAUGCACGAAGAUACAGAGGAAAUCAAUGCAUUGCUUUACUCAGACAGUGAUGGUUAUUCUACUGAGGAUGAUGAAGUUACCAGCACAGGGCAUUCACCCAGUACAAUGACCACUCAUGUCAACCAACAACCUUUCAGAAUUGGAGGAACCGCAGAAGAAGUUGCUAGCUCCUCCCCUGGUAAAACAAAGAAACGUAAGCUAUUCAAUAUGGCUUAUAGUGAUGUUGAUGUGCAGUUUAUGGACACUGCAAGCUCUCUAAAACGAAACAGACCCUUUGAUCUCAACCGCGGUGUUGAUGAUGAUGACGACGCAGAAUCAAGGUGCUCGGGUAGCAAUUACGGCAGAGGGUCACCUGAAAUUGGUUCCUUAACAGGCCAUAAGAAGAUGAGAAAGGAAAAGAUUCAGAAUGUUCUAAGCAUUCUGCAAUGCAUAGUUCCAAAUGGUAAGGACAAGGAACCAAUUCAGCUUCUGGAUGAGGCCAUACAUUGCUUGAAUUCUUUGAAACUCAAGGCUAGAGCUCUUGGACUCAAUGCCUUGUAAAUUAUGGAGAAUAUCAAGUUACCUACAUUAUUUAUUACUCAAUACUUAUAGGUUCAUGUUUUAGCAAGAAUAAACAAGUUAUGUUCAUGUUUUAUCAGAAGAAGUAUUCAGCAAAAGUUCUGAAGUGUGGUUUCUGAAAUCAAAAUAUUGGAGAGCCUGAAACUGUGAAAAUUCCACAAACAUCCUUUUGAGAACUUCCUCAGUUAAUUUGGAACAUAAAAUUCAGCUGUUUUGUUUUAUGCAAGUUGUGUGUUAUGUAUGUAUGAAGAAAGAGGGAAAUACUCACACUCCUCCUACUCACCAAAUUAUGGCACAAAAAAGGAAAAAAUGAAUGAUUAAGUCCAUAUCUUAGGGGUUAGAGAAAGUAGCACUAACGCAAUAGCAUGGGGGAUAUGAGCUGUUUUGAAUGAGAAGACUAGUUGUUCCCUCAAAAACAAGAGUGCACGCCUCACACCUCUUGGCUGUCAUGGGACCCAACUUCACUACCUCUUUUUGUAUCCUUGUCAUGUUCAAUCCUUUUGUGGGUUUACUUUUUUCCCUCAUGUGUGCAAUUUAUCAAUCACUACCUAAGGCUAUUAAGCACUUGCACCUUAUUCCCCUUUUGUGAGAAGAAGACUGAGACAACUUUAUAUUGAUGAUGAGGGGACCCUUUUCAUUCACUUCAUGGAUGCUUAUGUGUUGGAAAAACACUGGUUUUUCUUUUGUUGUAUGUUUUUUGUUUAGUGUGUAUUAUUGUAAUACUAGUUAGUACUUAUGAUAUCUUGGUUGGAUGUAAUUUAAUGUGGUUGGUGUUACUGUUGUCCUUUUGCUUAUGUAUUUAUAUCGCAUGCACGUAUUUAUUAUAUGAGAAAAUGAUGUAUGGUUAAAUAUUUA